AUGACGUGGACGUCAUCACGCAUGCAUGGCCAUCUAAUUGACUCCUGCCGGCGGCCAUGUUGGUGUUGGACGCCGGAAGAUAGAGGAGGGCUGCAGCUGAUCAUUCCACAAGGUGUCAUCAUUGUGCUGGUGAGACUUCAGCCGAUACUUCUGCAUAGCAGUCUGCUCAGACAGGCUGUGAUCGUUCAGCCUCUGCAUUGUGCUGACAGCGUGGAGUGUCUGAGCAGUCACGUGAUGCAGGAGUCACAUGACUUGGGGCCAGCAGGAGGCGUGCCCAGACUGUCAUGGCUGCUGUGUGUGCAUGCCAGGUGCACGCUGACUGCUGAGAAUGAUGAAGGCGCUGGUGAAGAGGAGCUCUCUAAUCAGACAUCGGGCUGCCUUGUGUGGGGAUGCAUUGGGUGUAGAGAGCAUAUUGUCCAAAGUAUACCUGACACAGGAGGGAUUCUGAGACUGUCAUUGCACCUCCUGAAAAUGCUCAUUGAGUGGCUGUCGCUGAUCAGUUGGCUUCAGUACUUGGUCACUGACCCGGAGCAUAUACAGAUGAGAAACUGGAAAGGCCAAAAGUCUUUAUCUGCAUGCUGCUUCUUGGUCAGCGUCUCGAGUGUUCCUGGAAUGGAUCUCCUGCAGCACACAGUGGAAGGUGGAAGCACAGUUCUGCUGAUAAUACACACCAAGAUGUGCAGAGCUUUCUGGGAACAGGGGAAGACAGAAGCAGCGUGCUGGCCCUGGACAAGCCAGAACAAACCAUUGCCGGAGUUUAUCAGCGAACGGCUACGAUGCUUUGAAAAGCUGAAGGAAAGAUAUGACACCAGACUGGCAGAGAGGGUGGCACAGGAGACAUGUCCAAUCCGGAUCUCGUUACUGGAUGGGACUGUGGUGAGCGGGCACUCAUGGAGAACAACGCCUUAUGACGUGGCUGUGCAGACGAGGCCAGGCUCCAUACAUACUAUCAUAGGGGCCCGAGUAAAUGGAUCCGUUUAUGAUCUGAGCCGACCCCUGGAAGCAGACUCUGAGGUUGAGUUCCUCACUUUUGACACCCGCGACGGGCAAGAUAUAUUUUGGCAUUCGAGUGCCCAUGUCCUCGGGGCAGCCCUGGAGCAGUUCUAUGGGGGCCUCUUGUGCCAUGGACCCAGCACAGAGAAUGGCUUCUUCUACGACAUACAUCUGUCCAACAGUAAUGUGCCGGGCACUGACCUUCCUGGUGUGGAAGCCAUCUGCAAAGAUAUCAUUAAACAGAAACUUCCCUUCCAUCGGGUGGAAGUGACACGGGAAGACUUACUAGAACUAUUUCAGCACAACAAGUUUAAAGUACAGAUAAUUGAAGACAAAGUGAAAGCAACUACAAGUGUUUACAGGUGUGGCACUCUGGUCGACCUCUGCCAAGGUCCUCAUGUCAGGCACACCGGGCAGAUUAAAGCCUUCAAACUCAUUAAGAAUUCAUCGGCCUUCUGGAGAGCGGACCCUACACAGGAUCCAUUACAGAGAGUGUACGGGAUCUCCUUUCCUGACAGUAAACAGAUGAAAGAAUGGGAGAGACUGCAAGAAGAGGCAGCCAGCCGGGACCAUCGCAAGAUAGGAAGGGAUCAGAAUUUGUUCUUUUUCCAUGAAUUCAGCCCUGGAAGCUGUUUCUUUCUACCAAGAGGAGCACACAUCUACAACAUCCUGAUAGACUUCAUAAAGAGCGAGUACAGGAAGCGCGGCUUCACAGAGGUUAUCACCCCAAACAUGUACAAAAAUAAGCUGUGGGAGCAGUCUGGACACUGGGAGCACUAUGAAAAGAAUAUGUUCUCUUUCACCGUGGAAGAUGAGACUUUCUCCCUGAAACCUAUGAACUGCCCCGGUCACUGCUUGAUGUUUGAUCACCGGCCCCGUUCAUGGAGAGAACUUCCGCUAAGGUUGGCUGAUUUUGGGGUGCUGCACAGGAAUGAACUCUCAGGGGUGUUAACGGGACUCACCCGUGUCCGCCGCUUCCAGCAAGAUGACGCCCACAUAUUCUGCUCCAUGGAUCAGCUGGAGUCUGAAAUCAAUGGCUGCCUGGACUUCCUUCGUGCAGUAUACACGGUGUUUGGGUUCACAUUUAAGCUGUUCCUCUCCACACGUCCUGAGCAGUACAUGGGUGAACUGGAGGUCUGGCAGAAGGCUGAAAUGGAACUGAAUAAAAGUCUCGACAGUUUUGGUCUUCCUUGGGAGCUGAAUCCAGGAGAUGGAGCAUUUUAUGGUCCAAAGAUUGACAUACAGAUUCAAGAUGCCAUGGGCCGCUACCAUCAGUGUGCCACCAUCCAACUCGACUUUCAGCUGCCCAUCCGCUUCAACCUCACAUAUAUGAGCAAAGAGGAUGGCAAAGCGGAGAGACCAGUCAUGAUCCACCGCGCUAUAUUGGGCUCCGUGGAGAGGAUGUUGGCUAUUCUGGCAGAGAAUUACGCCGGAAAGUGGCCUUUCUGGUUGUCGCCAUUCCAGGUCAUGGUGAUCCCUACAGGAGCCAGUACUGAGGAUUACGCACAGGAGGUACAACAGAUCAUUCAUGACUGUGGCUUCAUGGUGGACGUGGAUGUGGACCAAGGAACCACCUUCAACAAGAAAAUCCGCAAGGCUCAGCUGGCGCAGUACAAUUUCAUUCUCGUGGUCGGUGAGAGAGAAAAACAGAACGGCACAGUCAAUGUACGGACCAGAGACCGCAAACAGCACGGGGAGCACAGCCUAACGGAACUGGUCUCCAGAUUAUCGGAGCUGUGCGAGUCACGGGUCAGGAAUGCAGAAGAGAUUUUCUGACAUUGGCUGUUUACAGAGCUUCAGUCUCCAAAUUUCUAUACAUAAAUUCUUCCAGUCCAAAUACAC